AUGAAAUUGAGGUAAAUUCAAUAUUUGUUUUCUUAAUACCAUAUUGGAAAAUUAUUCAAAUUGGAAAGAAUAUUUACAGAGGAAGAUGUAAGAAAUUACGCCAAUCUCAUUAAAGAUUUCAAUCCUAUUCAUCUUGAUAAAUAAGCUGCUUCUUAAUCCAUCUUUAAGGAACGAGUUGUUCAUGGAAUGUUAUCAGCAAGCCUUUUCUCUACGUUGGUGGGUACUAAUUUUCCUGGGUGCAUUUAUUUAGAGCAAACUAUAAAUUUUAAAGCUCCAAUAUUUCUUGAUGAGUAAAUAUUAGCUUAAGUGCUAAUACAAGAUAUCAAGCAUACAAAAGGAAGACAAAUUUUGAAAUUGAAUACUACUAUUGAAAAAAUGGAUUAGAAAAUUGCAGUAACAGGAUAAGCAACAAUUUUAAUUAAUUGA